UUCAGAACUUGAAUGGCAGAGGGGAGGCUUCUAUGAAAGCGCGGUUGUGGGACCGUGGAAGUUGUAGAUUUUCAAGGCCUUUAGCCUUCUCUGCUGGUGCCUCACCCAACUACAACUCCCAGGGCCCCAUAGCCUUGAGCCAUGGCAGUUAAAGCGGUGCCAAACUGUGUUAAUUCCACAGUGUAGAGGCACCCAAGGCCGCACUUGAUCAAAAUGUCGAAUCUGAGAAUUAACUUAUCAGUAAUGUCCGCCAAGAAUAUGAGUGACCCAAUGGUUUUGAAGGAAAGAGAUCCUGCUGAAAACCGGACUGCAGAUGAUAUUUCCAAAAGAAGUUCUGACAUUUUGAAACCUAAACAGGCCCCUUUUUUUGCUGAGAUGACUGUGGGACUGGUAGAUUCAGAGUCUGUUUCUAACCAUGGCAGUUUGAGGAAAAGAAAAAACUCUCAUUCUGCGACCGAUGGGCUUGGAAAUGGUGUACAAAAUCCUGUAGAACAGGACAAGGUUUUCAGGGCCAAUUAUACCAAAUGGCAAGGAGAAGAAGACAAAGAAGUGGCUUGCCAGCAUUCAGGAACCAACACCAAUGUGGUUCCUCUUUCUGAGACAAUCUUAAGCCCUAAGAAGCGGAAGCUGAUUCUGCACAUUGAUUUGAAUAACACCAUUCUCGUCUCGGAUGCUGUCACUGGUCAGGAUCCCAGAGCUGCUUUAAACUGCUACCUGACUACUGUGACCUGGGGAAAAGUUGGCCCUUCAGGUAAAUGGCAGUGGCUCAGCGAGUCCCCCUCCUUUCUUCCCCCCUGCCCGGAUGCUGUAAGCUUUUACUCUCAGUAUGGCCGAAACACCAAAUUCACGGACACGAACAAAGGGCAGCGUUUUCGCGACCUUCACCGGCGCCACUUGAAGCUGCUGGAAUGGCAGGGCCCGGCUCACCCGCUGCUCUCCAUUCAAGGUGAGCAGGGCAAGCACUACCACCUGGUGCUGCCUUCCUUCUUCUGCCUCCUGGAGAGUCUGCACCGGGAAGGGAGACACUUUGCUGUCAUCUUCCGCACCUUUGGCACAGACCUGCCCCGCAUCCUACGGGCGGUGAACUGCUCCCUGGAGGGGCAGCACCCUCUCUUCCCUUCUCUGCAGGAUAUUUCGUUGCCUAUAGACCUCAGUCCUGGCAUGAUACGUUGCAGCAAGAGGAAGGUGGUGUUGACCCAUAGAACAGAGCGGAUCUCCACUGAAGAUGGCGGCAGGAAAAUGUAUGCCUAUUUCAGCUCCAGGGAAGGCCUCUGCGGCUUCCAGGAUCACUUUGAUUGGUGGGCCAAGAAUCAAUUCUCUAGCCAGGGUGGAAAGCCUCUUUUGAUCGAUCCUCAUGAUCCAAACGUCCAUCACAUCUUUAUUGACGACAACAUUCGACUGAAUGAUUCUGACACCAUUGUUCAUCAGCAGGUGUUUUCAGGGCAAGAAAAUUGCAAUCUGCAGAACGUCCCCACCUCAGAGCUUUAUGAUGUUUGUCUAGUUCAAACAGACCUCCUGGAGGCCAUUGCCGACAAGAGCUAUUUCUGCCGCUGCAUCCGACGGUGUGAGGAGAACUAUGAGAACUACGUGGCUCGGGCUGGGAGUUGCAUCUAGGCUCUUUCCAAAGGAAUCUUCCUAGCCAUCUGGUUUUCCUCAUCCUUCGCAAGGGGUUUGUGCAACAGAAGGAGAGUUGGCUCUUUUGAGCUUCAUAGGUGAUGGGAUUCCCCACUGGAUUAUUCCCUGUUGUCUUUGCUUUAAACUCUCAAUCAGCACCUUGUUUAGAGGAUUCCAGGUACUCCUUUUAAACCACAGUCAGUCCCAGGAGGUGCAGUGCACUAUCUGCUCUGAUGCUGUGUUAACUGGUCCCUUUUGUUGUUGUUCUUGUUGUUUUAUGCCUUCAGGUCAUUUUUAACUCAUGGCGACCCUGUCAUGGGAUUUUCUUGGCAAGAUUAGGUCAAACAGGGUUUUUCAUUACCUUUCUCCCAAGGUAAGAGAGUGUGACUUGCCCAAGGUGAAGUUUCACAGAAUUCAAACCUUUGUCUCCAGAAUUGAGUGUUCAAACCUUCAUAUUGCACUAGCCCUCUUUUUUUUACUCCGCAGUGGGUUAAACCGCUGAGUUGCUGAACUUGCUGACCUAAAGGUCGGUGGUUCGAAUCCCAGGGAGUGGGGUGAGCUUCUACUGUUAGGCCCAGCUUCUGCCAACCUAGUAUGUAAAUGUGAGUAGAUAAAUAGGUACUGCUUCUGUGGGAAGGUAAUGACGCUCCAUGCGGUCAUGCCGGCUACAUGACCUUGGAGGCAUCUAUGGACAACGUUGGCUCUUUGGCUUAGAAAUGGAGAUGAGCACCACCCACCAGAGUCGGAUGCGACUAGACUUAAUGUCAAGGGGAAAAAUUUACUUUUUAUUUACUCAGAGCUGGAGAGCAGCCCACAAAGACACCUUUGUAAUUGAAAUUGCCAAUCUUUGCUCUGAAGAGCUCAGUGUUCAGGGAAAGCUAUUGCUAUAUGAGACAGCCCCCGAUGGCGCAGUGGGUUAAAGCCCUGUGCCAGCAGGACUGAAGA